AUGGUGUUUCUCAGAUCUGAUUCCAAUGAUUUCCAUCUUUUUCUAGAAAUGCAGUCUCCUGACUUUGGGUAUGCAGAUCAUCCACAUGGAGCUUGUAGAGAUGAUGCAGCACUUACAGCAGACUUGUAUCCUUCUGCAGUAGCAGCUGCUUACCAGAGAGAUAUGGAUUCUGUUCAAGAGAGUGUAAUUACACGAGAUAUUCAUCGUACAUUUCCAGCACAUGAUUAUUUCAAAGAUACAGAAGGAGACGGUCAGGAGUCUCUAUACAAAAUCUGUAAGGCAUACUCUGUCUAUGAUGAAGACAUUGGCUAUUGCCAGGGACAGUCUUUCCUUGCAGCUGUGCUUCUACUUCAUAUGCCGGAGGAGCAGGCAUUCUGUGUAUUUGUGAAAAUAAUGUAUGACUAUGGCUUGAGGGACCUCUACAGAAAUAACUUUGAAGAUCUCCAUUGCAAAUUUUUCCAGCUGGAGAAGUUAAUGCAGGAGCAGUUACCAGACUUGUAUGGCCAUUUCUCAGACCUCAAUUUGGAAGCUCAUAUGUAUGCAUCCCAGUGGUUCCUCACUCUUUUUACUGCCAAGUUUCCACUCUGCAUGGUCUUCCACAUCAUUGACUUACUACUUUGUGAG